UCCGGUAUGUUCACGGAAAAGCCCUGUCAAGUGUAACUACUUCCGCCUUUAGCCGCCUCUCAUCACACAGAGCAAUGACGGCAACCUUGCGCCCAUACCUCAAUGCGGUGCGUGCUACCCUGCAGGCCGCCCUCUGCCUGGAGAAUUUCUCCUCACAAGUGGUGGAAAGACACAACAAACCAGAGGUGGAAGUACGGAGCAGUAAAGAGCUGCUCCUCCAGCCUGUGAUCAUCAGCCGUAACGAAAAGGAGAAAGUCCUGAUUGAGGGCUCCAUCAACUCUGUCAGAGUCAGCAUCGCUGUCAAGCAGGCAGAUGAGAUUGAGAAGAUUCUGUGCCAUAAAUUCAUGCGCUUCAUGAUGAUGAGAGCGGAGAACUUCUUCAUCCUGAGGAGGAAACCAGUGGAGGGCUAUGACAUCAGUUUUCUCAUCACCAACUUCCACACGGAGCAGAUGUAUAAACACAAACUGGUGGACUUUGUCAUUCAUUUCAUGGAGGAAAUCGACAAGGAGAUCAGUGAAAUGAAGCUGUCCGUCAACGCCAGGGCUCGUAUCGUCGCCGAGGAGUUCCUCAAAAAUUUCUGAGAAAGAAAACCCAGGAAGACAUUCCUUUUGCAAUCUUGGCCGUCACUGUGGAGCUUUCACAUCACAGAGCAGAGAGGAGACAAACUUUUAUCAGCCAAGAGAAGUCGAGAAACAUAAGACGUGCAGGCCAGUGCGGUUUUGCCCUUUAACCUUAAAAUUCCCCUUUGCUCAGAAAUAUUGAUUUUUGUACAUAAUGAAUAUUCACACCAGACAUUACUUUCUGCCUGUAGAACAUUAGACGUCAGGGCAGGUCCUUAAAAAAGGUAUAUAUGAUCAAUAUUUAUGAGCACAGGGUAAUAUGGAUUUUUAAAAUAAUUUAAAUGUUCUUUUGUUUUUGUUUUUUUUUAAAUAUAUAUAUUAUAUGCACAUUUAAUUUAGCUUGUUUUGUUAUGACAGACCUUAGACCACGAGGGCAAUCAACAAUUGGUGCACAUUUCUUGUAGUAGUCCACAGAAUGAACCCUAUUGUAUGUGCAAAUAAGUAAAAUAAAUAUACUUGCUUAAAGAUAAAUAAAAACAUUAUUCUUUGUA